UUCGCGAGAAGAUAGGAUCUAUUCUGCCCGACUCGACGACGUCAGAAUGAAAGCGCCAGCAAAGUACAUCGCUGUCAAGCGACACAUCAUUGAUGAAUCCACCAUACGUUUCGACAGGCAUGAUAAAUUUAAAUCCUGCAGCAAAACUGUUGACCAGACCCUUUCAAACGUCAAUGGGAUCCUCGUACUAAUCCUUCUGGAAUCCACAAACGUGCAAGGCCUGCCUAUGGAUGUACAGAAUAACAAAGCAAGUUCUCAAUUACAAUGCGAGUACGAAAUGGGAACAGGAAGCCAGUUAUUUUGCAGGGUUCACUCGCUGAGAUGGAAGCAACGAUGGGUUAGAGCCGCUUUGUGAGGGGAGGUAGGUGGGCGGGAAAGAGCAUGCGAGUUUGCGGUC